AUCAUUAAUGUAAGUUGCCUGCGCACCCACCUGCGCAAUGGAGGGUAACUGGGUAGACUACGGGCGGGGCCUUUGCAUUGCAGAAGAAGCAGUACACGCUACCAUCGAUCAGAUCCUAACCGAGGGUGGCACACUCUUAUGGCAGAAAUACCUGGAGCGCAAGGCAUUCUCCUUUGCCGCCACGGUCGCCACAGAUGCAUUGGUCAGCCGCCUGCGAAUGUGCUAUGUGCACCACGACCAUGGCGAACCACUUGUGGGUGGAGAGCUAGGUGAGGAGUGGCAAGUCGAGGAGGAGCCGACCAUUUGCGAGGUGGAUAGCUGGGCACGCAUGCAUGUUCCAGUGCGCCGCAGCAAAACGGACGAGGCCUCUAAAGCUCCCAAGCUGCGGCGGAACCAGGCAAGUCGACAGAAGUUCGCAGGUUCGCUGCAGAAGACGCCUGAAUUCAUCCCGAGGGUGCAGCCCUUGGAGAACGACCUUCAAGUAGACCCUGAAGAGGAACGAAUGCGUGAGGCAAAAGCACAAGAAGAGGCCCGGAAACGGGAUAAGGAGCGAAUGGCCAAGGAAUCAGAGAAGACCUUGGAGGAGGAGAGAAGGAAGGUGCAGCAGCUGCACGAGGAGAUGUCCAAGAGACCACAUACCUUUGACACCGAGGGCAACCUCAUUUGGGUGGACGAGUUGAAGCCAGAUCGGCUUCCCAGGCUUGUGGAGUUCUCAAGCUAUACGGUGAAGAGAGAUCCCAAGACCGGGACGCUUGGCCGGGACGAGAUGAAGCCGCUCAUGGGCAGCACCUUGGGCCCCUUGCCUGAGAAGAAUUCACGCCUGAAGCGACGGAAGGAUGGGGGCAAGCGCCGCGCAAAGAAGGGCGAGGCAGGUCCGGAGUUCACGGAUGGCUUUUCGAAGCUACAACACGGACAGCCGCCCAUCAUAGAGACUAUGGUCUUGGUUCCUGGCGUCCAAGUAGAGCAAUUGGGAAAAGUGAAGUCUGGCCCGGAGCCGGACUCCCGCUUCAUGUCGCGGAAGGAGUAUGUGCAGCUGGCUGAGGCAGAGGAGAAUGAUUCCUUUGCUCGUGCAUGGGCGCGGGCGAGUCUGAAUUGUCACCGACAUAUCGGUUCUCCCAGCAAGUCUUGAACUCGGCCAGCCUGGACAGAAGAACGAAGAAGAGUGCCACCUGAAACAGGCGCAGAGGAGGACUCCCUGCCGCAUGCCUUUGGAACCUGCAAGGUGUUUGAAC